AUGCGGUCACUCCUCACCAUUUUCAGCGCAUUGCUGGCAUACACCACUGCCGUGUAUGCUACUGCCCUCACCUACAGACUAGAGGCACACGAGCAAGCAUGCUUCUACGCGCACGUUGAGAACAAGGGGACCAAGUUGGCUUUCUACUUUGCAGUCCAAUCCGGAGGCUCAUUCGAUGUCGACUAUUUGGUUGUCGGCCCAACAGACAAGACCAUCCUGGAUGGAACCAAGGAGCGACAGGGCGACUUUGUAUUCACGGCAAACGAUGUGGGAGAAUACCGUUUCUGCUUCAACAACGAGAUGAGCACUUUUGCGGAGAAGAUGGUCGAUUUCGAAAUCGCCGUUGAGAACGAAGCCGCCCGUGCCAAGAUCCCGUCCAAGCAGGGCUCCUCCCCUGAACAGACCUCGGUCCUUGAGGAGUCUAUUCUCAAGUUAUCCGCACAACUCUCCACCAUCUCCCGCAACCAGAAGUACUUCCGCACGCGCGAGAACCGUAACUUCAGCACCGUCAAGAGUACCGAGAAGAGGAUAUUCAACUUCAGUUUGAUGGAGUCAGGCUUGAUUAUGACCAUGGCAGGGUUGCAGGUCUUCAUUGUUCGCUUCUUUUUCCAGGGCGCGAGGAAAGGUAUUAUUUGA